AUGGCUGCCAAGGCUUUUGCUUCCCGCCUCAAAGGUUCCCGGGUCUUCCUGAGGGGCUUCAUGGUCGGGGCUGCCGUGGGCGCCGCGGGUGGCGGGCUCACGGCCCUGCAGCUGUUCCGGGGUCAGGACGCCGAAGCCGCCUGGGCGGGGAGGGAGCCGGACGGAUCUACAGAAAAGGCUGUGUUGGGCCGCUUUGGGUUCCCAGACGCCGGGACGGAGACCAGGUGUUACACUAAUCACGCCUUGUCCUACGAUCAAGCGAAGAGAGUGCCCAGAUGGGUUCUCGAACAUAUAUCCAGAAACAAGAUAAUAGGUGACGCCGACAGAAAGCACUGUAAAUUCAGGCCUGACCCCAGCAUCCCUCCAGCCUUCGGAGCCUCCAACGAGGACUACAUCGGAAGUGGGUGGUCCCGAGGACACAUGGCGCCCGCAGGAGACAACAAGUUUUCCAGUAAAGCCAUGGCAGAAACCUUUUAUCUCUCCAAUAUUGUACCUCAGGAUUUUGAUAACAAUUCUGGAUUUUGGAACAGAGUGGAAAUGUACUGUCGGGAACUGACAGAGAGGUUUGAUGAUGUUUGGAUAGUGUCCGGGCCUCUGACCUUGCCUCAGACCGGAAAUGAUGGCAAGAAGACAGUCAGCUACCAGGUGAUCGGUCAGGACAAUGUGGCCGUCCCCUCACACCUGUAUAAGGUGAUCCUGGCUCGCAGAAGCCCAGCGUCUGCCGAGCCCCUGGCCCUGGGGGCCUUCGUGAUUCCCAACGAGGCCAUUGGCUUCCAGCCGCAGCUAGCGGAGUUCCAGGUGAGCCUGCAGGAGCUGGAGAGGUUGUCGGGGCUGGUGUUUUUCCCACAUCUGGAUAGGGCUGGUGACAUCAGGAACAUCUGCUCCGUGGACACGUGUAAGCUGCUGGAUUUCCGGGAGUUCACCCUGUACCUGAACACAAGGAGGGUUGAGGGCGCCCGGUCGGUGCCCCGGCUGGAGAAGAUUCUGGAACAUCUGAAGAACGCAGGGGUUGAGCCUGACGAAUACUUCCUAAGUCGCUAUAAGAAGAAGCUGGAGGAGCUCAGGGCGCAGGAACGGGCGGGAACGCCUUCCUAGUUCUGGUCUCAGAACCUCGGACAGGAAGCAGGCAUGCUGUGGGCGGCUGAUGCUCCUCGGUGGCUUCAACGUAAAGAAAUGAUGGGCUGCCGAAUCCGAGACUUCAAGACUCUCCCCAAAAGUGCAAGGGCUACAGCUCUUUUUUUUUUUGAUCAGUGUUUCAUCUAACUUGGGAGCUGAUUAUCAAGCCGGUCGUCCCGGCCACAGGCUGAAGGCUGAUUUGAUGUCGCGGUAACAGGAGAGCUGCGUCCACAGAUGGCUGUGUCUGUGUCCCUCUGGGCAUAUCAGAUGUGAAGGCUCUGUUUACAGGGUUCCUGCUUCCGCAUCAGACAUUGUCUCUGGUUUGUCUGCUCAGCCAAAUUGGAAGGCAGUCUGCGGAUCCUUUGCUGCCCCGAGAGCUGCGUCGGUGGCCGUGGAGAUGGCUUGUACAAGUCCCCUAUGUGUUAUCCUGCCCACGCAGGUGCCGUGUGUGAGCCUGUACAGAAGUACUCGGCAGCUCAGUACCUGCUUAGUGCAUCUCUGUGCCCCUGGCUCAGUGCUUUCUAGGUGUGCCAUCCCACGGUGACACUCAAGUACCGCUGCCUGAGCAAAACGGGGACACAGAGGGUUUUGUGUUCCCCCCCUCGGCCCCAAGGUUUACCGUUCUGCUGAAGUCACCUCAGGGCUAAGAGGAGGCCAGCUGGGGUGGGUGCAGAUCUCACCUUGCAGGGUGACUCAGCAGCAUGCAGAGACAGGUCCGUGCCCCUGUCUGCACGGUGGCCUCUGCCUUGAAGGCCUUGUAGUUCUUUGGAAGGGUCCUGGGGUCACCACCCGGUGCUAGGUCUAUGGUCCAAAUUGAGGACUCUGCCCACACGAUCGCCAGCUUUUGACUUGCUUCCUGGUGGGCCUGGGCCUGCUGUCCUCCACCCCCCCAACCCCCCGGGGUAGUGUAGGACUGGUGGGUUUUGUCCCAAAGGACUCAGGCCAGGUGGCAUGCCCGUGGGGAAGGAUGGUGGUUUUUCCCUGAGCCCACCUCUGGAUUUGUGUCUUGGGGCAUGAGAGCUUGUGGGAUUGUCACACCAGGUGAUGGCGGUCACAGAUGGCCUCAGAGUGGCGUGUGCAGUGUGUGCGUGACCAUUUCCAACGGUCAAGAAAGGAUGCUAAUGACAGCCUUUGUUCGUUUGUUCUUGGGUGCAGAACAGUGGGGGUGUGGCCAGCACGCCAGCGCCCGUUGUAUCGCACUGUUCCCUGUUUGCUCGUGCCAGAGCCUUUCUUCCCAGGAUGUGGCGCCAAAAUGUCACUGUGACCAAAAAAAAAAAAAAAGAAAAAUCUGUACGUUUCUCCACUCGGUGGUGAGGUGACAGCAGGGCCUGCAUGCAUUAUCUAGGAGCUCAAAGAGUUGUGUGAAGUCGUGGGCACUGCCUGCCCGGUCCGAGGCACCCUGGGGAGGCUCCCAGGCUUUGCACACUCAGGCCUGUCUGCCCUCACAGUGGUGGGCAGUCUGGCCUCACCGUCAGUGAAGUGCCUUAGGUUUUGGUUUCCAAUGAAAGUUGCCACUUGGUCAUUGAGAGACCUACAGAGAAGAACUGGUCACACAACAUGGUGCCAUUGUGUAUGCUCAGCAGCGAUGGGCCCGUUGUUGGCUCUGCCCCUUUAGGGGUCCCCCAGAACAACACAGGGCAAAGAGUGGGUAGAGUUUAGGAUUUUCCUCUGGAUUAGAGAACUUCAGUCUUCAGCGUUUGGCUGCUGGUUAUUCUGAACACCCGCAAGCUGCCUUUUUUUAUUCAGUGGCAGAAGAAGGGCCAUAAUUGCUUUAUUAUUAUUCUUAUGAUGUUGCCUGCCACUGGGAGUUUUAGCUUCUGCAUGCUACAAAGCAAACCAUUACAGGGUUUUUGGAGGGCAUGCAUGGGACCUGGGCGGGAUUUCUCCAGUUGAGAGAGCAACAGGGAGGGAGAGGUCUUGCAUCCGCUUGUUCACUCUCCUACUGACCUCAACAGUUGAGGCUGGGCCAGGCCAAAGACAGGACCCAGGGCUCCAUCCGGGUCACCCAAGUGGCUGGAAUGACCCAGGUGCUCGGGCCAUUCUCUGCUGCCUUCCCAGGAGCUGCAGUGGGAGCAGAGCAGCUGGGGUUGGAACCUGCCCUCAUAGAUGCCACUAUCAUCAGAAGCGGCAGCGCCACCUUGUGGACAGUCACGAGCAAGGCCACGGCACGGCCUGAUGGACAGCCACGAGCCAGGCCACGUGGACGGCCACGAGUUAGGCUUUCUUGACCUUGCAGGAGGGCAGGAUUCUGCUGGUCUGGUGCCUCCAGGAGCCUGGCUGGCGGCCUGUGCUCCAGUCAGCAUGGGGACCCAGCACCCACUGUGCUUUCUGGAGUGGGCCAUGGGUGAUCAUGUUGCCAUGGGGUGGGAUAGGGGGCUUGUUGAGGAGCUCACCCACCUGUGUACCUGUUUGGUUUUUGGGGGAACACUGGGGCGAGGACACCUUCUCCCAGCGGCUGCUGCUUGGGAGUAGAACCCACGUGGUGCAGGUGGUAGUUGUGGGUGGCUGACCAGGAUGUCUUCCAUCAGACACCCAGGCCCGGGCACACCCUCAUGCCCAGGCAGAGGCGGCUAUGGGGGAGCUGCCCAGCGGGGUGGGUCGUAGUGCAGCAGGCCCCGAUCCACUCGUGAGGCUUCCUCUGCCCCCAGGCAGGGCUUGGUGGUGAGGCACGGCCAUGGGGAAGCCUGCCCGGGGCAGUGGGCAGCGAUGGAGGGUCCCACACACACCUCUUGGAUGGGUGGUUCCCGUCUUGACUUUCAGAGAUCUGAAAGCCCGUGUCCCUCCUCAGGACUUUGGAGUGGCCCCGAGGACUGUCACGUCACCGCCUGUGAGUACACGAGGGUCACUGCUACUGACGUCAUGGGUUAUAAGCUGCUCAGCCCACCCCUACACACCUCU